AUGAACUAUACGGUCAAUUUAUCAUGGCUUGAGAGCAAUGAACAGAUUGAUAUAAUAGUUCUCAACACAAAUAAUCUCUCAUCAUUCAAUGAAAUAUAUUACGAAAUUUAUGAAAGAGCAGUUAAUAUUAUUGCAGCUGAUGGCGCAGCUAAUCUCAUCAGAGAGUCUUUAAUGCAAAGAAAUGGAAAUCAGAUUCCAACCAUCAUAGUAGGAGAUAUGGAUUCAAUUUCUGAAGAAACUAAAGAAUAUUUUGAAGAAGUUAUUCAAAUCUAUGAUUCAGAUCAAGAUACAACUGAUUUUCAAAAAGCACUAGGAUAUGUUAAUAAUGAAAGGCCUACAAUAGUUAUUGGAGACUUAGGGGGAAGAAUGGACCACUCUUUACACGCUAUUAGUGUGCUAUUUGAUCCAAAUCAUGCUGAUAAAAGCAUUUAUUUAUAUAACUCACAAAAUUUAGCAUUCCCAGUAUUCAAGGGUACCACAAGAAUUAUUUUUGCAAGUAAAAUCCCAUGGAAGUACUUUGGAAUGAUUCCUCUCUGUGGCCCAGCUGUUCUCACAACAGAAGGAUUUAAAUGAAAUUUCAACAGCACGUUAAGCGAAAUAGGAGGGAUCGUGAGUGCUUGCAAUGAAGUUUUAGAAAAUCAAGUCGUUAUAGAAGGUGACAAAAAUAUUUUAUUCACAUGCUCAAAAUAA